AUGUGUGAGAGCGCCUUGUGGCUUCGUCGGCGGUGCCUGUUUCUGUCUGAUGAGGCUACAGUAGGGACGGCGCUCCGGUGUUCAGAAGUGGCGAAAAAGGCAGAUGACAUCUUGCUCCGCGUGCAGGCGUCGCGAAGCGGAGCGGUGGACGGCGCUGGUGACUUGUCUGCCUGCACCCACCGCUGGAUGGAGAGCCGCCAGUUUGCGGAUUGGCAGGAAUGUGUCGAGUGUUUGCUCCUCAGUGUGGAGUGGCGGCAGGAACGGGGUGAUGCAGCCACCGCAGAAGGCGCGUUAUGCAGGCAGGCGUUGCUGGAGUUGACUGCCUUGUUUGCGGACGAGGCGCGUGCGUACGAUGCUGCAGCGGCCUCCUAUGCCGAGACUUACUGGAGGAAGGCGCAGAAGCGGCAGCGCGUGUUGGCUAGCAGCGAGCCCAGUGAGAAGACUACUUUGGUUGGGGCGCGUGUGAGUUGGAGUAUCGCGGCGGAGUUGCCGCUGCGGGUGGAACAGGCGUUUUUGCUUCCCUGA